CUCGAGUCAUUCCUGCAAUUGUCACGAGACAGUUUUGGGUCUUCCACGAUCUUCGGCCAUCUCUCCUCUCUCUUUCCAUCUUACGGUCUAAGCCACCGGUCUUGCGCAUCUCCUCAGUUCUACCCUCCAUCGCUUCUCAUCGGACUAAUCAAUCCUGUCAUCCCGGCCAGUCCCUAUCGAAGCGAACGAUUGAGUCUCUACUUAAACCUGCACUUCCCCGAACCCGCGUCCUCUUCUUCUCCUCAAAGUCCAUAUGCCUGGAAUCCCGCUCGACGCAAUGGAUAAGCUCAAGGCUCUCUUCAAGCGCAAGAAGGACAAGACGGACAGUAGCACCGCUGGGACAAAGACAGACACACCAGCUGGAGCCGCUGUUCCCAAGCCCACUGAGCCAGCCAAGCCAACCACGAGUGAUCCAACCACAGCUCCUGCUGGCGCAGCUCCCGUCGAUGCUCCUCCCGUUGACAAACCAACUGAGACCGCUCCAGCGGCCCCAACCGAACCUGCUGCUGCCGAGCCUGCGAAAUAGGGAUCCACGUCUCGACCCGCACCCGCCGCUUGAUCCUCAUUAUCCGUCAUGGGGUGACUGUUCAGACACCCACAGUGAAAGGCACGAUAUCUGCGAAACGGCCUGCAAGCCACAUCAAUUUCCUUCAAUGAGCAAUCCUCUAAGAGCGCCUAAUCAAGAUUUAUUCCCUUUGGCGCCAUAGCGAAGUCAUUCAAGAUACCCACUCCAUUCUUUUUCAGCAAGUAACACACGCAACGGCUUACACGUGGGUUGGGCUACUGGCCGGCCGGAUAUUGUUGUCUUUUAAGAUAUCGAACCUGGAGAUACCCCAUCAUGCCCCCAUUUCUACCGAACAUCGAGCGGCUCGUAUGCUGCGUUCUCGCAUUCAAAGAUACCCAAAGUCUUUCAGAUAGUGCUUUUUCGAUUUCAGCAUAGGAAAUCAGAUUCUCAAUCAUACUGAUCCUGCUUUCAGGAAGAUAUUCAAACUCGAUAUCACAGUACUCCGCUGGAUCGAACAUCCACUAGCAAAAUCAAAGAUCCCAAGUCUUCCUGCCGCUAUGUCUGGUGUUUUGUCACUCCAAGUCGGACCUCUCCUUCCUAUGGAGCUUCCUGCACAGAUGGCCUGGUAGUAUAACACACAAUGGGUUUCCCCAUCCCUAAUCGCAUACUUAAUACAAUGGACUGGAUACAUUGGAAAAGCUUGUAGUGAAACAAUCGCAUUCUCGUCGUCCUUGCCGUACCGGGGUGACCAGAAGAAGAAAUCACAUGCCACUUCGUGGUCAUGGGUGUUUUGAAGCGCUAUUCAUACGUUCAGAUUGCU